AUGGUCCGUUAUGCUCAGCUCGCGAGAUGCUUGAGCUCGACUGCCGGCGCCCUCCAGCGAUCACGGUCCUCAACCGAGAGGUUUUCCGAAGUUGUCAGUGAAACCAGAAGAUCGUUUCCACGGGCCGGGCCUUCCAAAUAUACUCUACCAGUAGAGGUCAAUACACCACCUGGGAAGAUUUCCCAACGCAAAACCCGCCCACUUCUGCGUCCUUCUCGCUCUGAGACCCCUCCUGAAGCCAGGCCAAUGCGAUCGUAUCCCCAUCCACCCCCUCCCACCCCAGAGCAGCCCCUUGUCCGUCAAGGACCGUGGCAGCCUACGAAAAAGCUCACAUACUCUGCUAUGGCGGGGUUGCGGGCUCUACAUCAAUUUGAUUCUGAACGCUUUUCGAAAGCGGCAUUGUCGAAAAAGUUUGGAAUCUCCCAUGAGGCAGUCACUAGGAUCCUGAAGAGCAAAUUCCGCGACGACAAGAGCGCCGGAGGGCUGGAGGGAAUAGAUGCCCUCCAACACGGUCUUGCAUUCGGUCAGGAAGAGGCCAUGGGGGGGCUGGACAAGCCGACUUUGAAGGGGACCAAAUGGGACAGAGAUCCUGGGACGAGCGAGAAUGUCAGUCCCGUGCCCUCAAUCAUGAGGGCAAUUCAAGAAUCCCGGAGGGGUAGAUAA